AUGACUGAAACUGUCACUCCUGCUAAUCCAACCAUUUCUGCUAAUUCUGUCACUCCUGCUAAUUCUGUCACUCCUGCUAUUCCAACCACUCCUGCUAAUCCAACCACUCCUGUUACAGAUGCUACCAAUGCUACAAUUGAACAAAGUAUAUAUGCAUUGGAAGGAUCUUAUUUGGAGGAUUCCCAGUAUGGAAACAUCAUCCGUGGAUUCGAUGGAUAUUUGACCAGCAGGCCAGAUCGUCGUAAAUCUAGACACACUGACAGUGAUCGCUUGUUCUCUCAGUCAUCUGCAACAUUCCGCAAGCAGAGUAGCGAUAUUUAA